CACUCCAACCACACACAGUGAUUUGGCUCAUCGUGGUUCACUGAAUGAUAUGAUUCGGCCACGCGAGAUGAGCCAACACUCUGUUCAUGGAUGUCCUGCAUGCCGCUACAUCCCGCAGAGCCGUCCUGCCCUCCAUGUAACCGCGGCCAAAUGAAUGGCCAGCGUUGCGGUUGCCUGUGCAGGCCCGAGAGCUGGCCAGCGCCUCCACGGCCAAUCAGAAGCUCGAGAUGUCCAACUGGGCGCCUACCUCAUACUGCGAACUGCAUCGUCCAGCCAAACAUCGCGAGGCCUGGCCGUGACCCAUGAACUCAAAGCCGCCGCGUGGUGAUUCGGCCCUAGUCAUAUAAUGAAGCUACCUGCUCCUGCCGCGCCAUUGACCUCCUGCUUGUUUCGUGUUUUCAGAUGUAGUUGAACGAAUCUCGGUGGGUGGCUAUCCGGUUUCCCUUUUUUUGUUCAUUGUGCGCCUAUUCACGACUCACAGCCGAGUAUUCCAUGGGCGAGAGUUUGUUGUCAAUCAUUGUAGCACUUUCUUUGAACCUGUCGCUCUUUCCCUCUUUGCUUCCUUCCCCAAAAUAUCCACCAGCAUCUCUAUCAAAGCCACGCCUUUGUUCCAGCUUGACACCCACCUCGACCAGAGAAGCCUUUCGGUGAUUCGUUCAUUCUUUCUCAUUCAGAAUUUUUUGAGAGGCUCGAAAUCUUUUCAUCCUCAUCGAAUCAGUUUAUUACUUCGACUUACACGCAUUGUCCCUCAAAGUUGCGUUCUGAGGUUUCCGAGCUUCCCAUAUCAACAUGUCCUCCAACGGGGCCACCGUGCCUCAACGGCAGCCAUACGAUCACCGGCAUGAUAACGAGAGAGAAGACUGGGAGGAGUGGGAAGAUGAAGAUGUGGUCACCCCAAUUAUGGACGAUGACCAAGAGCUCAUCAUGGACAAGACGGCCGCUCCCAGUCCCCUGAGACCAAACAAACCGGCUUCGACGAGAUAUUCACAGCCACGGUAUUCAGUUCAGAAGUUGAGGCGUCUCAAGUCCCGCCAGCGGCAAAAGGCGCAGAACGCCAAAGCAGGGAUCAAGGUGGUUACAGACAUGGCAACGUUGCGACAGCAGCAACAGGCACAACCGAGCCGGAUUCCUGAUCUCCAGCAGCCCAAGUUUGUCGAUGCAGCAGCACUGAGGGCCCUUGAGGGGUCACCUAACUCUGCGUCAGUCGGCAACUGGAACUGGCUGAAGAUGAAGAAGUCGGACCCAAACGCAAAGUCUCCUCAAAGCGCUGGCCGCAGCCCCCUGGAGCAGGACCUAUCCCCAAACGACCGCCCGAUUGUCAUUGGCAUCGCGUUGCCGUCAGAGAUGGCCGACAGAGAAAUCAGCCCCCAAACAGCCAUCAUUGAGACACCGCACGAUCUGCCGCCGAAGUAUACCAAUAAGCCUACCACGACGGGCAAAGCAGACACUGUCACUCCAUUGACUCCCUCACAACAGAGAUCUGUGUGGAGCCCAGACACACCAGAUACCACCUCCCCUUUCCAGUCACCACAUCGCACUUCCAGCAUCUAUUCUCAAGCAACUGGCCUUGGUGUUGGUAUUGGUAUUGCCCACGACGCCCCCCCUGUUCCUGCAGUGCCUUCUACCUACAAACGACAGGAAAGAGUAGUCAGCGUGGUCCUCAAGAAUAGGGACGAUGAGGACGACGAUGGAGGCAGCCCAUGCACCUUGUUUGAGGAGGAUGGGACGGCCUCGAACCGACAAAAGCCAACAAAGGCCAAAGAGGCAUCAAAGAGCCCAGACAGCGCGGCAACGCAGACUCGUGGUUGGUGGGAUCAUAUCACGACACCCUUUCUAGAGAGGAAGAGUCCUAUUGUCCCACCUCAGAAGAGUGAAUCACAGCCAGUCAAAUCAUCAGCGCAUGACGACUGGUGGAGUGAAAAGGGCGCCAGGGUCUCGGUCUCGGAAACAAAAGCCUUGCAGCCUACGGUAUUCAAGCCACAAGAAGUUCAACAGGUUAUUGUUCAGCGACCAGGCCUUCCAGCAUCUCCAAGACCAUCACCACGCAACAUAGAGGCGCCGAUAGUCAGAGUUCCCACUCCGAGAAGGACCCCAUCACCACUCAUGGACAGACGGGAUCCUUCACCCGCGUCGUCUUCUCGGUCAGCUACUCCACGACUGCAGCCCAGGUCAGAGAAAACACAGCUAGCCGAACCCAGCCCAGCUCCCUCAGAGCAGCCCCCCCCAUACUCUCCUCCUCCUCAGCAGAAGGCCGUGCGAUACCGAGCUGUCUUCCCUGCGGGCCACCCUUUGCAGGCACUUUAUCCCCCAUCUCCGGGACCAAUCUCGCCAGCCAUUAACGGAACAAUGAGUUCCCAAGGCGGCAUCAACAUGACCGACAUACCCUUGACACCAGCGCCGAGAGGCAACAAUCCUGCUCCUGGGCAGCAAGGCCGCCUUCCAGAACGAUUCGCUGGCACGUUUGUGCCGCCGGAACACUUCCUUGCAGCAGAAGGGAACGGUCAUCGCGUUGAACGACAGCGUCGUCGCCACGAAAAAGAAGAAAUUGCAGCUCGCAAAGCUGGAGGCUUCUGGAAAGGCCGUGGCCGCAUCCCGGCGAAUGGAUGCUAUGGUCGCAGUGGUCGUGAAGGUCGAAAGAGAAGACGCAUUUGCCUUGGCAUAUGCGGAGCCAGUCUUUUCCUCAGCAUUCUCAUCAUUGUUCUCUGCAUUACCCUCAUCCCGCGAAACCACACCUCUGCACCAGUUGACAGCAUCUUUCUCAACCUCACAAACUUCCCUCCGAUGCCAACUGGGGUUCUCUCAGUUGUUGGCCCGGACAACACAGCCGCUGUCACCGGCUGCAGUAGCCCUUCGACUGUUUGGAGCUGCGCCCUUCCCAAGGAAGAACAGGAAUCUGUGGCCCCCAACCGUCCCAACCAGCCGACUUUCACCAUGCAGAUCCAGUGGGAUAACAACACUCGCAAUCUCUGGAAUGUGCCUAAUGGUGAACCCCCACGGCCCGGAUCUACCUCUGGGAAGCGCCAGUUGAACCUCGGCGGCAUCAUAGCUAGGGCUGGGGCGCUCAUCAAAAGACAGAACCCAGUUUUCACACCCAACCCAGCCCCUCCUUCCUUUGAGGAAAUGUACUUCCUCGGAAACACAACCGACGGCAUUGUCUCCAGCGAGAAAGCUGGCGAACCGACUCCAUUCUAUCUCAGCAUCCUCAAGUCCGCUAGUGAAACCGUUGGCCCCAACGCUUUGGGCAAGCGUCAGAGUUCGGAAGACUCUACCGAUGACUUUGGCAUCAGACUGCCGGCCCCAGAUCUCGAGGCAGAUGGCACUGGAGCCCCCGCACAGCUCUUCCCUCAUGCUGUCCAGCAGCCCGUGCGGCUUUAUGAUCGCGGCCUCCCGACUGAGCACUACGGUUUCUACACCUACUUCAAGCGCACCAUCUACCUCAAGUCCGUCACUACCCUCAACGGGACUGAGGGCGAGAGCAAUGUGCCGCUCGACAAAGACGGCGGAUCCCGCAGGAGCGAGGCCAAGUUCCUUGUGACAUGGUCUCAGACGCGUUUCCUCGUCCAGAUCUGGACCCGCUCGGCGAACACCACGCAGCUCCUUACCAACCCCGGCACCAUGCCUUACCCCGUCACGAUCAAGACGGACACCCACGGCGGGGAGUCGGGCGAGAAGUUCGUGUGGCACUGGCCCGUGAAUGAUCGCCAGGGCAUCGAUACGAGUACACCGAAGCUUCUCCCCAAUGAUAUCGGCUUUGGGGGAACGACUGUGAACCCUCGAAAGGACAAGAAUGCUUCCUUUGGCGGUUUCGACGGUGGUACCGGCGGCUGCCGCUGCGAGUGGGUUAAUUUUAUUGCCAGGAGGGACGGCGGUAACUAAAGAUGAGGAAAACUUUACGGAAAUUCAUGAUAGUUGAACGUCGGCAAGGAUAUAAGGGCCGACUUGUAUAUGAACUCUAACAGGAUCUUGGAGUUGGAAACAGGGAUGACAUCAGCAUUAUUAGCAUUACUACAAUUGCAUGGUUGGUAACGGGAGG